AUUCCAAACUUCAAUCCGCAGUCGCUCGCUCACUCUCGCAGCCGGAAUAAGAGAAAGAUGCUGGACAUCAAUCUGUUCAGAGAGGAGAAGGGCCACAACCCCGAAAUAAUCCGGGAAUCUCAACGGCGACGUUUCAAAGGCGUCGAGAUCGUCGACGAGGUCAUCCAGCUCGACAAAGAAUGGCGCCAGCGUAAUCCCCAUCUCUUUCAAUCCAUUUCUCUACGUCAAUUCGAGCUUGAGAGCAUUCGGAAAGAGUUCAACAAGAUCAACAAGCGAGUUGCUCAGCUGAGGAUUGCAGGAGAGGAUGCAACUGAGGUGAUUAAGGACACAGAGGAAAAUAAAAGGUUGGCAGCAGAGAAAGAAGUUGAAGUGCGAGAAGCUUUAACACAGUUGAAUUCAAAACUGGAAAUCAUUGGAAACCUUGUGCAUGAUUCGGUUCCCUUUAGCAAUGAUGAGGAAAAUAAUGCUGUGAUUAGAUCAUGGGGUGACAAACGAGUGGAGCCAAAACUCAAAAAUCAUGUUGAACUUGUUGAGCUUCUUGGGAUUGCAGACUUGAAGAAAGGCGCUGAAGUGGCAGGAGGUAGAGGUUUUUACCUGAAGGGUGCUGGUGUGCGCCUUAAUCAAGCUCUGAUAAACUUUGGUCUUGAUUUUCUUGAGGAAAGGGGAUAUACAGAACUGCAUACCCCAUUUUUCAUGAGAAAAGAUAUCAUGGGAAAGUGUGCUCAAUUAGCACAAUUUGAUGAGGAACUUUACAAGGUUACCGGUGAAGGUGAUGACAAAUAUCUGAUUGCUACAUCUGAACAGCCACUUUGUGCAUAUCAUAUAGACGAUUGGAUCCAUCCAUCCCAGUUACCCUUAAGAUAUGCGGGAUAUUCAUCUUGUUUUCGUAAAGAAGCUGGUUCACACGGUCGAGAUACCUUGGGAAUUUUUAGGGUCCAUCAGUUUGAGAAAGUUGAACAGUUCUGUAUUACAACCCCAAAUGGCAAUGACUCUUGGGAAAUGCACGAGGAAAUGAUAAAAAACUCUGAGGAAUUUUAUCAAGCGUUAGGGCUCCCCUAUCGUAUUGUGUCCAUCGUUUCUGGUGCUUUGAAUGAUGCCGCAGCAAAGAAGUAUGAUCUGGAAGGAUGGUUUCCUGCGUCUCAGACAUAUAGAGAGCUGGUUUCUUGUUCAAACUGUACGGACUACCAGUCAAGAAAGUUAGAAAUUCGAUAUGGGCAGAAAAAGGGCAACGAGCAGACAAAGCAAUAUGUUCACUUAUUGAACUCAACUCUUACUGCGACAGAGAGAACCAUGUGCUGCAUUCUCGAGAACUACCAGACCGAAGAGGGUGUAAAUGUACCAAAAGUUCUUCAACCUUUCAUGGGUGGAAAGGAGUUCCUACCGUUCAAGGAGAAACCGGUCCCUGAAGUCAAAGGGAAGAAAUCGAAGGCCUAAAAUUCAUAAUUUUUAUAGUCUUUAAUCAAGAAUAGAUUAACAAGAGUAGUUCUGGAUAUAUCGCGUGCGUAAACUCUUCUACUGAUUGUUCCGAGAAACUCUGAAACCCAAAGUCCAUGUCUUGAUGUAAUGAAUUAAAUGUACUUAGAGCUUGUUUACCUUCUGAUUUCUGAUAUGCAUAGUUCUAUCUGAUAA